AUGGCCGACGAGAUCUCCUUCCUGCCACUCGGCGCUAUUAUCCAAUCCUUUAAUGUUGGUGGCAUUAACAUUGUCCAAGGCUUCCCAACCCAAAAACUUUAUGCCGAACACAACAGCCCGCACUUUGGUGCCACAAUUGGCCGUGUCGCAAACCGCAUUUCCGGCGCCAAGGUCGAGACUUUGAACGGAGGAAAGACAUACAGCUUCGUUGCCAACAACGGACCGAAUACCCUGCACGGUGGAAAUGUGGGUUGGGGUAAGCGAGUAUGGAAGGGUCCGACCCCGGUGGGCGUCCGCAAGAACAUCCCCGGAAUCGAGGGUGAGCUUAAGGGUGGAGAGACUGUUGAGUUCUCACUUACAAGCGAGGAUGGGGAUGAAGGGUUCCCUGGUGAGGUUCUCGUCAAGGUGUUCUAUACGGCUGGCAAAGUUACCGAGAACGGAAAAGAGGUCACAGUUCUUAGCCAGGAAUACGAGGCCGAACUAGUAGGAGGUGCGGAGGAAACUAUCAUCAACAUGACAAACCAUUCAUACUUUAACCUCUCGGGAAAGCCAAAUAUUGAGGGAACCGUGGUCCAACUUUCUACCAAUUCAUAUCUCCCUCUCGACGAGUCGGGUAUCCCAACCACCGGACCAACUGCGUACUCUAAAGUCCCAACAACGACUCCUUUUACCCUCGGUGCCCAGGAGCCAGAUUUUGACGAUUGCUUCAUCGUUGAUCCCACCGCUUCUCCCAGCUCUGUGCCAAUAGACACACGAGCUCUUCCUUUAAUUAAACUUGUUUCCGCUCACCACCCAGAGAGCAAGAUUCACCUAGAAGUUCUUAGCACAGAACCCGCGUUCCAGUUCUAUACCGGCAAGUGGAUCGAUGUGCCGGCUGUAGGCGGAGCUCCCGCGCGCGGGUCGCGCAGUGGUUUUUGCGUGGAACCCAGCCGGUUUGUAAACGCUAUUAAUGUUGAUGAUUGGAGAAGUCAGCAACUUUUAAAGAAGGGUGAGAAAUUCGGAGCCCGGAUUGUGUACAAGGCAUGGGAAGAGUAA